UACACAUAUAUUCUUUCACUUUUUUUCGGCGAACAGAACGGAUGUGAAAAAUGGAGUCGUCUGAGUAACCAGAAAAUUCUAAUCCGAAGGCAUCGCGGGUUAAAUGUGCUAAAUCACCCAUUUAACCGGCAGAAGUUCUGGACCAAAGUGAAGAAAGUGUAGAGCUGCACCAUGUAUCUGUACAAUCUGACCCUGCAAAAGGGCACGGGGGUGACCCACGCGGUCCACGGCAACUUCUCCGGCGGCAAGCAGCAGGAGGUUCUCCUGUCACGUGGGAAGUCGCUGGAGCUCCUCCGUCCCGACUCGAAUACCGGAAAGGUGCACACCCUCCUCUCCACGGAGAUCUUCGGGUGCAUCCGCGCCCUGAUGGCCUUCCGACUGACUGGCGGAACCAAAGACUACAUAGUCGCUGGUUCGGACUCCGGUCGCAUUGUGAUCCUUGAGUAUAUACCCUCCAAAAAUGCUCUCGAGAAGGUGCACCAGGAGACAUUUGGAAAGUCGGGAUGUCGGCGGAUUGUGCCUGGCCAGUAUUUCGCCAUCGAUCCCAAAGGAAGAGCCGUGAUGAUUGGCGCCGUGGAGAAGCAAAAGCUGGCCUACAUCAUGAAUCGGGACACACAGGCUCGUCUGACGAUCUCUUCGCCUCUGGAGGCCCACAAGUCGAACACCCUGACUUAUCACAUGGUGGGCGUUGACGUGGGCUUCGAUAAUCCCAUGUUUGCCUGCCUGGAGAUCGACUACGAGGAGGCUGACAUGGAUCCAUCAGGUGACGCCGCCCAGCGCACUCAGCAGACGCUAACCUUCUACGAGUUGGAUCUCGGCUUGAACCACGUGGUUCGCAAAUACUCGGAGCCCUUGGAAGAGCACGCCAAUUUCUUGGUCUCUGUGCCUGGUGGCAAUGAUGGUCCCUCGGGCGUGCUCAUCUGCUCUGAGAACUAUCUGACCUACAAGAAUCUCGGCGAUCAACACGACAUCCGUUGUCCCAUCCCGCGCAGGAGAAACGAUCUGGAUGACCCCGAAAGGGGCAUGAUCUUUAUCUGCUCGGCCACACAUCGCACCAAGAGCAUGUACUUCUUUCUGCUGCAAACCGAGCAGGGAGACAUCUUCAAGAUCACUCUAGAGACGGACGAUGAUGUGGUGUCCGAGAUCAAGCUGAAGUACUUCGAUACAGUGCCUCCGGCAACGGCCAUGUGUGUGCUGAAGACCGGUUUCCUGUUCGUGGCCAGCGAGUUUGGCAACCACUACCUCUACCAAAUUGCCCACCUGGGUGACGAUGAUGACGAGCCGGAGUUCAGUUCCGCCAUGCCUUUGGAGGAGGGUGAAACCUUCUUCUUUGCGCCACGUGCCCUGAAGAACCUGGUUUUGGUGGACGAACUGCCCUCGUUUGCCCCGAUCAUCACCUCGCAGGUGGCCGAUCUUGCCAACGAGGACACCCCUCAGUUGUACGUCCUUUGCGGCCGAGGGCCUCGUUCCACUCUGCGAGUCCUCCGCCACGGUCUGGAGGUCUCCGAGAUGGCCGUGUCUGAGCUGCCCGGUAAUCCCAAUGCGGUUUGGACUGUGAAAAAACGAGCUGAUGACGAGUUCGAUGCCUACAUCAUCGUGUCCUUCGUGAAUGCCACUCUGGUUCUGAGUAUUGGCGAGACCGUUGAGGAAGUCACGGACAGUGGUUUCCUGGGCACCACGCCCACACUUUGUUGCGCCGCCCUGGGCGACGAUGCCUUGGUCCAGGUGUACCCCGAUGGCAUUCGGCAUAUCCGGUCCGAUAAGCGUGUGAACGAGUGGAAGGCUCCGGGCAAGAAGUCGAUAACCAAGUGUGCCGUUAACCAGCGCCAGGUGGUCAUCACCUUGUCGGGCAGGGAGUUGGUCUACUUCGAAAUGGAUCCGACUGGAGAGCUGAACGAGUACACCGAACGCUCUGAAAUGCCGGCUGAGAUCAUGUGCAUGGCUCUGGGAACUGUUCCAGAGGGCGAGCAGCGAUCGUGGUUCUUGGCCGUUGGUCUGGCGGAUAAUACCGUGCGCAUCUUAUCCCUGGAUCCCAACAACUGCCUGACUCCCUGCUCCAUGCAAGCGUUGCCUUCGCCAGCCGAAUCCCUUUGCUUGGUCGAAAUGGGUCACACGGAGAGUACGACUCAAGGAGCCUUGGAUGAGGAUGCUCCCGCCCAGCGAAGUGGCAACAACAAGGGAACCAUUUAUCUAAACAUUGGCCUGAGCAACGGUGUUCUGCUGAGGACUGUUUUGGAUCCUGUUUCUGGAGAUUUAGCAGAUACUAGAACACGUUAUCUAGGUUCCCGUCCUGUGAAACUCUUCCGGAUCAAGAUGCAGGGCGCAGAAGCUGUUCUGGCCAUGUCCAGCAGAACCUGGUUGUCGUACUACCACCAAAACCGAUUUCAUCUGACGCCUCUGUCCUACGAAACCCUGGAGUAUGCUUCCGGUUUCUCCAGUGAACAGUGCAGCGAAGGUAUUGUGGCCAUAUCCACCAACACCUUAAGGAUCUUGGCGUUGGAAAAGCUGGGAGCGGUAUUCAAUCAAGUGGCAUUCCCCCUGCAGUACACUCCCCGGACCUUUGUUAUCCACCCGGACACGGGUCGCAUGCUGAUUGCAGAAACUGAUCACAAUGCCUACACAGAGGAUACGAAAACCGCUCGAAAGGAGCAGAUGGCCGAGGAGAUGCGCAGUGCGGCGGGCGACGAGGAGAGGGAGUUGGCCCGCGAAAUGGCCAAUGCAUUCAUCAGCGAAGUCCUUCCUGAGGAUGUGUUCUCGUCACCCAAAGCCGGAUUGGGUUUGUGGGCAUCGCAAAUCCGUUGUCUGGACGCCAUGCACGGCCAGACGAUGUUCAGUGUGCCGCUCACCCAAAACGAGGCCAUCAUGUCUAUGGCCAUGCUGAAGUUCUCCAUAGCUGCAGAUGGUCGGUACUACCUAGCUGUGGGAAUCGCCAAGGAUCUGCAGCUGAAUCCCAGGAUUUCGCAAGGUGGCUGCAUAGAUAUCUACAAAAUCGAUCCCACCUGCUCUAGCCUGGAGUUCAUGCAUCGCACGGAGAUCGAUGAGAUUCCGGGAGCCCUGUGUGGCUUCCAGGGUCGUUUGCUGGCUGGCUGCGGACGAAUGUUGAGGAUCUAUGAUUACGGCAAGAAGAAAAUGCUGCGCAAGUGCGAGAACAAACACAUUCCCUACCAGAUUGUCAAUAUCCAAGCCAUGGGUCAUCGGGUUUACGUUUCGGAUGUCCAGGAAUCUGUAUUUUUUAUACGCUACCGUCGCGCGGAGAAUCAAUUGAUCAUUUUCGCCGAUGACACUCAUCCCCGGUGGGUGACAGCCACUACUCUGCUGGAUUACGAUACCAUAGCCAUUGCUGAUAAGUUUGGUAACCUGAGCAUUCAGAGACUGCCUCACUCGGUGACUGAUGAUGUGGAUGAGGAUCCCACAGGCACUAAAUCUCUAUGGGAUCGUGGCUUGUUGUCUGGUGCUUCUCAGAAGUCGGAGAACAUUUGCUCCUUCCAUGUGGGCGAGAUCAUCAUGUCGCUCCAGAAAGCAACUCUUAUUCCUGGAGGAUCCGAGGCCCUUAUAUACGCCACAUUGAGUGGGACUGUUGGAGCAUUUGUUCCAUUUACAAGUCGCGAGGAUUACGACUUCUUCCAGCACUUGGAGAUGCACAUGCGCAAUGAGAAUCCCCCACUUUGUGGACGCGAUCAUCUCAGUUAUAGGAGCUCGUAUUAUCCGGUGAAAAAUGUUCUGGAUGGCGAUCUCUGCGAGCAGUAUCUGUCCAUUGAAGCAGCCAAACAGAAAAGUAUCGCCGGGGACAUGUUCCGCACUCCCAAUCAGAUCUGCAAGAAGCUGGAGGACAUACGCACGCGCUAUGCCUUCUAAGAUCCAGCCAGAGAAAAAAGAUGCUCAAUGCUAUCCUUUUUGGAUUAGUUCAAACUGACAAAAUCGCCAAAUGCUGCCCGCACAACAUUUUUAAGAUGCAUCUGGAAAAUUUCAAUGACUUAACAUUAGGACCGUUUUCAAGAUCUUAUGUUGGGGUAUGUGGCGCAUAAUUUAAAAUAAAUCAUACAUUAGUUUGUACAUCUAUACUUACUAAUUGAACAUUGAAUCACCAAUCAACCACUAAUCGACUGCCGCCUAUUUAUAUUAGCAUAAGCGUUGCAAAUUCUACAUUUUGCACAACCUAAAUAUAAUCAUCGUAGUGUAAGCAAUUUCUAAAUAAAAAUAAUUAAACGAA